AUGUCUACUCCGUCACAAAUCCAAGCGUUGCUACGCUUCCUUUCGCAAGAUUCAAAACUGCCCCUAGCUCUGGCAAUUGCAAAGGCGAAAGAGCUCCAAAACGCUAAUUUACUCACCCCCGAGGACAUCCUGAAGAAAGAUCUUGCAUCUCUUCAUUCCAUUUUGGGUGAAGAAAAAGUUGCAAAACAAGUCUUAAAUGGUGCCAGGAGGGUUGCUAAGAAGCAUGCCUACGAAGCAGACGGCACUGGUCCUCCUGUAAAGAAAACUAAAAAGACCAGUGUAAACUCGGAAACACCAUCUCCCUCUCAGCUCGAGUCGGCGCUCGCCCUCCCAUUAUCGUCCAACACAGACGAAAUUUCUUCAGCUGUCUUGGUUACAAAUCGGGCACCUCUUGUCCUGGCGUUUGCGGUAAUAUUGUUAAAAUAUACUAUGCCAGAACAACCUUUAUCUAGCAGGCUAAGCCUGGCUCAAGCAGCUGUCAGUGCCAACAGUCGAUCAAAGGCCGUUAGCCUUGGAAUCGAACAAGGAAAAAGCGCAGAAGAUGAGGGAUGGGCGCAGGGGCAGCCUACCGUGAAAGUCCUUGGAAGGGAUAUUCCCGUUUUAAAACGAUGGGGAUAUAACUGGCAUGAGGAAUCCCCGUCGGAUCGAGCUGCUGGGUUCGAUGCGAAUGUAGAGAACCUGGCAAAGGAGAGCAGUGAAAAUGCCAGCCAUAAAUCGUCAGACGAACAGCCUGCCCUGUGGGGCUUAGAUCCAGAAGUUAUGAAGAGGUCAAACACGAACGGCCCAGGGCCACGCCAGACCAGCCCAGUGCUCCCAAUCCAUAGACCAGAGGCAGCCCGCGAAUAUUUAUUAAAAUCAUUUACGUUACAGAAGCCAACCGAGUCCAACAUCGGGAAAGGGAAAACGAAGAAGGCCUCUUCAGAUUCUGUGUCUGAAAAGGAGAAAAGCCUUGCCCUUUUACUUGGCGCGAUUGAUCUCCUCUGCCAAUCAUGGACAUCCGUGCUCAGCAAAAACGAAAUAGAUCGACGAGCUUGGUCAUGGUAUGUGGACGUUCGCCCAGAUAUUCAGCACGGUGUUGGAGGCUGGGGGCAGAAGGGGGAGGUUCAGCUCUCAAAAAUCCUUAAUCUAAGACGAAAGGGGUGA